UCGUUAAGCAGAGCCAGUGGAGCUGUUCUCUGUGUAAAGUUCAGACUCCCCGGCAGCGUCGUGCGGUUUCCUGCUGUCACUUUUCUGUCCGCUCCAACAUGCGUUUCCUCCCGCAGACAUCAUGGGAUUUAUCCGCUCUGAGAGGAAACUAACCUCCGGCUCUGCUGCUGCCUGUGUCCGGGUUUUGCUCUCCUUCAGCCGGGGAAAUCCUGCAGCGCCUCUCUGAGCGUCUUUACCGACACCGAGACGCUUUUUCCUUCCCGUUAAUUUAUUUGUUUCCUGUCGCUUCAUCUAUUGACUUCAGCAGCUCCGAGUGACAGUAUUUGUAAUUUCCGUUCACACAGCUGAAGAUGGAGACGGUGAUGGAGAGGGAGUGCAGCGCGCUGGGGGGGCUUUUCCAGACUGUCAUAGGAGACAUGAAGGGUAGUUAUCCUGUCUGGGACGACUUCAUCAGCAAAGCAAGCAAGCUACAGUCACAGCUCAGGACAACAGUCGUCGCCGUAGCAGCAUUCCUGGAUGCCUUUCAGAAGGUGGCCGACCUGGCGACCAACAGCAGAGGAGGGACCAGAGACAUCGGCUCAGCCCUCACCAGGAUGUGCAUGAGGCACCGCAGUAUCGAGGCCAAGCUCCGCCAGUUCUCCAUGGUGUUUCUGGACUGUCUGAUUAACCCUCUACAGGAGCAGAUGGAAGAGUGGAAGAGAGUAGCCAACACUCUGGAUAAAGACCACGCCAAAGAGUAUAAGAAGGCCCGUCAGGAAAUCAAGAAGAGAUCUUCAGACACUCUGAAGCUGCAGAAGAAGGCAAAGAAAGCUGAUGUAUUUGGCCGCGGGGACCUCCAGCCUCAGCUGGACAGCGCUAUGCAGGAUGUCAGUGAUAAGUACCUGCUGCUGGAGGAGACAGAGAAGCAGGCAGUGAGGAAGGCACUGGUGGAGGAGAGGAGCCGCUUCUGCUACUUCGUCUCCAUGAUGAAGCCCGUUGUGGAGGAGGAGAUGUCCAUGCUGGGGGAGAUCACUCACCUCCAGACUCUGACAGAUGACCUGAAGACACUAACCAUGGACCCUCACAAGCUGCCCGCCUCCAGUGAGCAGGUAAUUGUCGACCUUAAGGGCUCUGAGUGCGCCUGGUCCUACCAAACUCCACCCUCGUCACCAAGCACCACCGUAUCCAGGAAGUCAAGCAUGUGCAGCAGCCUGAACAGUGUGAACAGCAGUGACUCUCGCUCCAGUGGCUCACACUGCCACUCCCCAACCUCCCAUUUCCGUUACCGUGCCUCCUCCUCCUCUUCCUCAGUGCUCCCCCAGCAGACACCAGCCCGCCUCUCCUCGGUCUCCUCCCACGACUCUGGCUUCAUCUCCCAGGACGCCUUCCAGUCCAAAUCACCAUCACCCAUGCCCCCAGAAACCUCACAGGACUGGGCCAAACCAGGCCCUUAUGACCAGUCAAUGGUCAACACCCUGAAGAAGAGCAAAGACAGGAGAGAGACUACAGAUCCCAGCAGCCACCAGGGCACUGACAUCACCACAUCAGGAGAGGAACCACAGGGGGUUAAAGGACGCCACUCUGUGACAUCAUCCAAGGAGGAUAAAGAAGCCCACGAGGAGUUGGCCCGAGCGCUGGCCCGAGGCCUCCAGCUAGACAUCCACGGCUCCAGCAGAGACUCACUGCAGGGCUCCAGUGGCUACAGCAGCCAGACCAACACACCAUGCUGUUCAGAGGACACCAUCCCCUCACAAGUAUCAGACUGUGACUACUACUCUGUGGGAGCGGAUCAGGAGGGCGAACAUCAGCAGUCAUCAGACUAUGAUAAAUCUUCCACCAUCCCCAGAAACAGUGACAUCAGUCAGUCUUACCGCCGCAUGUUCCAGUCCAAACGCCCUGCCUCCACUGCUGGGCUGCCCUCCAACCCCUCUGCCAUCAUCACCCCGGGAGUCGCCACCAUCCGACGGACGCCAUCCUCCAAACCCAACCUGCGACGGCCCUCCGGGGGCCUUAGCUUGGGCCCCAUCCCCAUCAAGCCCCCCAUGAUUCCAGUCAAGACCCCUACUGUGCCUGAACAUCCUGGUUUCCCCAGCAGGGCAGCAUCAGAGGAUGGCAACACACCACGAACCCCACUCAGUCCCCCAACCACCCCUUUGUCACCAGGCAGCAGUGGACCACUUUCACCAAGGUCCAGCUCCUGGGAGACCCACCACCAGAGCGAGGGGUUGGAUCCUCCCACCCCACCACCGCAGCCCAGCGGCCGAGUGUCAGAAUGGGAGCGCCGGCCUCUCCCAGAGCUCCUGGAGGAGACAGAAUACAGCGAGGUGGAGGAUUUUCUGGUGGCUAUCCGACGAGGUGUCAGACUCAAGAGGACAUCGACCAAUGACCGUUCAGCGCCAAGUAUUCACUGAGACUAGAAGAGCUGGUUUGACUUGCGCCAUUUUGCGUCCCUGGCUGAAUCUCAGCAAAUAUGCUCUUAAGGGACACAAAAUGGUUGUCAACAAGUAAAUAGGAGCCAUGACAUCAAAUGGACGGCGAGAAUGGGAGGAAGUUGCUCGGAGACUCUGAUCAAGCAUCAGUUUAGAAAUUACCUAACGAAACUUAAAAGGGAUGUUUGAUCAUAACACGGUGAUCUAAUUACAGAAAUUUAUAAAGGUAAGAAAUCAAAUAAAGCGCUUUCACCUUUUGGCCAAAGACAUAAUAUUUAAAUGAGGGAUAAAAACACUUCUGUUUGUGGUGUUGACAACAGUUUGUGAUUUUUGCGAGAGUUUUGGGUUUUAAAGCCUGUAAGUACAUAGUUUGAAAAGCUCCUUUCUGAACUCAAGCAAAGUUAGAGGAAAUCUGUCAAACAAAUGUGGAUAAAAGGUAGACAUUUCUUGUCCAGAUUUCGACUGCAUCCAACAAGAAAGUUUACCUUUCGUAAAAUAUCAGUGGACUCUCUUAGGCUGAGAAUUUUCCCCACAGUGCCAAAUUUUCUUUCUUUGGAAACUGACUAAAGCACCUCUCCCUUUAAAAACGAAACCUGCAGCCUCUUGCAAGUUGAAAACUGUCUGUAUUGCACCUGAAUAACUCCAGUGAAGUUUCCCUCUGAGAUUACUACUGGGAACACUGGUGCUGAUCUGAGAUCAAUUCCCCUGGGCAACUUCAGUUUACAAAAGAAAAGAUGUGAAAGGACAUCCUUGUCGAACAAGUUGGACAAGGUCAUUGUUGUAGCAGACACUACUCAAAUGAAACAUUACGUAAACGUUAACACGUAUUGUAUUGGGAAGAAGUUACGAUGGGUGAUAUAUGGAAAAAUUCUGGAAGGAUUGAUGGAGGAUUUUCAAAUCAUUAUUUGUAUGUACAUAUUUAUAUUUUGAUGUGUUUGUAUAUUUUGUUUGUCAUACAUGCCCGUAGUUUCCCAUUUCCACUAAAGGUGCCAAAAGCCUGUGUGCUGAAUUUAACUUAAAUAUUGUAAAAAUUCUAUUUAAAUUGAAAUUAUGCUGGAUUUUUUUUCUAUUAAAAUAUAGGUGAGUGUUUGAUAGAGAAGACAGACUGAAAGAAAACUUGAGCUUCUACGCAAACUGAAAGAGUAAUUGUAAUUGUUAGGGUAGCACAUUGAAGAAUGGUGUGUAUAUUCACAGUUAUCCUAAUAAUGACACGUACGGUAGAUUGACCUGCAUGUUCUUAAAGUUUUCUCCAGUAUAAAGAAUCCUUUUGGCUUUAUAUUAGAAAGUUCAGCAUAAUAUUCCAGCAGUGGAUAUGAAGAGUGGCGGAUUAGGAACUGCGGAUGCCAACGUCUUAGUAGAUUAAGUGUGCUGUUAGCUUUUAACAAAAAACAUUGGGUCUCAUUCAUGAAACAUGAGCGGAACGAAUUUGUGUGUAAAAUCUUUGCUGAAGGAAAUUUACGUGUAUUUCGGCAUUCAUUAAUAUGUUAGUAGCUCUGAUCUUUUCGUAGGUACCAACAAAAUCUACACCUGCUUCUGACUGCUUGUAGUACUUUUGUAGAUAGAUAGUACACAAAUAUUGUUUGUAAUUAUUAGAAAUUAUAAUUUUAUUUCAUAUUGUGCUCUGUUAUGUUCACAAUACUCAGAUGCCUUUGAUACAUGUAAGUUAAAGAUGACAGGAGAUUAGAAAUAUAACACAUUUAGCUAAAUUAGUUGGUAUUUAGCAGAUUUAAGCUUCAGAAUAGGAUUCUUAAAAAUGUGAAUGAGUUAUUUAAAUCAACUUAUACAAAACUGAAAAACCAACAAGUUCCUCCUCUGCCCUCGUUAUACACUGCAGCCCCAAACUGAAUGUCAUCUUUGUUUAAUUUAAUUGUCACAGGUGCAACGUGGGAGACAUAAACAUUAUUUGUGUGAUGUGGCAGCUAUACGCUUCUUUAUAAUACGACUUGUGGACCUGGGAAAACAAUUCAGCAUCUGUCUCCACUCACACCAGGCAGCUGGUGAACCUGGAUCUGAUAAAGAGUUGGAGGGAGACAGUGUGGUUUUACAUCUUACUUGCUAAACUUAACAGUGGGUUAUUGCCUACAUUAGACUGCCUGUAUUAAAAGGAUAGUGCACGGCAAAAUGAAAAUUUUCAUUGUAGCCUGUAGCUCUAACUGCCUCUGUGUACACUGCGAUGACGUGUGUGCACUUGUGCAAGACCGUGAGACAUGGGCACCGCCUUCAUGUGUGUUCACAUGCUUUCGCUGGUCUUGCGCGCACACGUGAGCGCAGUGUACACAGAAGCAGUCAGAGCUACAGGCUACAAUGAAGCUAAAAACAGAGUUCAGAUGACGUUUUUCCAAACAACUUUUUAUGCCGGGGCUUCAGGACACUUGGAUCACUACGGACGAGCAGUAUGGAGAUACUUUGUGGUUUCAAUUAUGUGUUUUUGGACGUUUGAAUCUGGGGCGCCAUAAGCUUCCGUUAGAUGGAGUUGUGCUGUUACUCACUCUCUCCUUGGAUCUCCGCAAGGGAUGUGAGGACUCUAAAACUUCACCUGAGCCUCCCUCGGCAUAUGGGUGAGAAGAUAAUGGCUGAAUUUUCAUGUUUGGGUGCACUAUCCCUUUAAGAUGUUUUAAUAGUGAUUUAAUUUCACAACAGUGAAACAAUGCUGAGGCUUAGAGCAAACAUUACCUGGCUGUCCAUGACGGCAGAUGAGGGAAACGUCAUGCUGCUCUGCAGGGCGCUUGACUUGCAUACGGCUGCCACAAGGGAAACUAGAGGGAGGGACAGGGCUCAACUCAAUGCAGUUGACGGGCAAACAGCACACUUUUAAUUAAGAAUUGAUGCCAUGGGCCAAAUUUAAAAACUAAAAUAUAAAAUUAUUGAAAAGACGUAGAGAAAAACAUGUCUUGCAAAAAGGGCACUUAUGUAGCCAGAGGCCAAAACUUCAUUCUCAGUGUCGGACAAGUUUUUCUUUCACUGUCUCUCUCUCUUUCUUUGAUUGCUCUAUGUUCGCAGGUCGACAGGAUGCGCCUAUUAUCACCUCCAUGUAUGGUGGUCUCUGGCUAUUAAUGGGUGGGGGUGCAUACUAAUUGCUAACUAGCAGGAGCCUGCUGUCAAUUUAGGAUUGAUUGGCAUUCAUGAACAUACACACAUGCCUACGAUCAAAUCCGAGUUUUCCCCUGCGUUGAUGAAUCCAGUGUAGGUUUUUAGUACCAAGGUUUUUAUGUGCAAAUCCACUUACAGAUUUACUAACAUUUCAUGAAUGAGACCCAAUGUCUUUGUUUAUUUUAACUUUUUGUUUUACAGCAUUUAUUGUCUGUAAAGCACUUUAAAUGUUUUGACUUUUCCAAAAUGAACAGAAAAAACUUAAUCAAUGAUGAUGAGUGAUUACAACUAAGUUCCCCUGCAGACAGACAUAAUCUGUGUCUUGGUUGGCCUCCAGGUUCACUAACCCCUCUGUCCCUGUCCAUUGUUCAACUUUUAACAUGUUGCUAAUCUACCAACUAUGUAGCAACUGUCUGUUAGCAUACACUUCCAAGUCCAUGGUAGUAAUAGAGGUUGGUAUUACAGGUUCCGUGUUACUACUUAGCUAUAGUGAAUUGGAGUAAUGUGGAUAAGUGUUUUGCUCUGUCUACACCAACAGUCUGGUAUAUACAAAGUUUUUCAGGUGGUUUAACACGCCCUCUGGCAGCCAUGUGGGAGGUCUUUAGCUCUCUGGCAUAAUUACAGCUGAUUGCCUUCCUGAAUGUGCAAUUUGGUUGUCUCAAUAGAAUUAAAAGAACAUUUCACAUUUUUUAAGCUCACUAAUUGUUAGCUAAAUAUCAAUAUAGUUUAAAUUCAUCAUUUGGAUACUAGCUAAUUUAUAGCUCAUAGUAGAAACAAGCAUUUUAACAAAACUAAUUUAUCAGAGUUUUACAUUUGAGAAUGUUUCUACAGACACUUUACAAGAAGAUAUUAUUUCAGCUAGCUUUUGAAGAGCUAAAUCUCUACCAUAUAGACAAAGACAUCGUGAAAAUCCAAGUUCGAUGUUUUCAUAUUUUCUUGGCCAGCUAACUGUUUGAUAAAUAUUAAUAUAGCUUAAAUUAAUCUGCUUUUCUUGAUGUGCGCUAAUUUACAGUGCAUGUCAAGAUCAUGAAAAAGACAUCAUAUAUUGCAGGUUUAAUGUUAUUAAUUUUUGCUGCCAGCUGAAUAUCAGUAAUUUAGCUAAAGUACAAUUCUUAGCACUAUAGCUUAAGAAAAAAAAUGUAAUUCAUCAGAAUUUUACAUUUAAGAAUGUUUCCGAACAUUUCCACUGAUCCUGUACAGCAAGUUAUUUCAGCUAGGUUUUGGAGAGCUAAAUUUCUACCAUGGAAGCAAAGACAUCGUUAAAUUUUAUGUUUGCUUUUGUAUUUUGUUUGCUAGCUAAUGGCUGGUUAUUUUUUUAUUUUUUUUUUUUAAAUUCAACUAUUUUGGACACUAGCUUAUGUACAAUUCUUAGCAGAUGCUAGCACUGUAGCAUAAGAACAAAUCUAAUUUAUCAGGCUCUUCAGUUUGUUUGACAAUGAAACUUUCUACACUGACAUCACAACAAGGUUUUUCAGCUAACAGAGAGCCAAAUCUCAACUACAUGGACCUACAUUAUGGUGCCAGAUGAGGCUGAUUAAUUUGUGACCUAACUGAAAACCCUCUAUUAGCUAUGUUUAAACAGACAGUUAAAACAAAACACAAGCAUAUCCUGCUGUGCACUGAUAUUCAUGUACAACUGCGACAAAUAUAAAAACCUGUAAUAGCUUGUAAUUACUCAAUGUCGAAAUAGCCCUAUGAGUAAAAAAACAAACUUGCGUUUGUGGGUUAUUAGCGUAACAAGCUGAAAUUGUUGCUACUAAAUAAUAAUCACUGUUUGUCAUCACAAUUAUUUACGUAUUUAUUAAGUUGAAUAUUUUCACCCAAAGUCUUGUCCUGUUGAGCAUAUACAACAAAUUAACAAAUGUAUUUAAUAUGCAUGUUGUCUUUUUUUUAGUUAAACAAAAGGAUUUAAUAGUCUGCUUUUUUCCUACUGGAACUAAUUUUUGUCCUCAGUUGGUCUGUUUCUUUUGGACUAGAAUGCAUUUUAGAUGCCGUCCGUCAUCUAAUAUGUUUCCUCACAUUAAUGUUUCAUAUUUUGUGUGACCACAGUUUGACACCCUGUAUGACGACUGAAUCCUGUCUGUUUUAUAUCCAUUUACACUCAUUUU